AUGUCGAACACCGGUUCUUCCUCGAACACGGGCUCGGCCGCGAGCCAAACUCCCGGACUGUCGACGGCUGUCGCGGUCGUGCGUUAUAUGCCCAUUCCUCACUCGAAAGAUGCUCCGUUGUUCACGGGGAAAUUCGUUACCGACUUUCUCAAUAUCGUUAAGGCUCAUGGUAAGGCUGCGGGUGUUCCAGAGGACGAUUUACCGCCUCUAAUCGCGCAGUAUUGCUCGGACGAGGUAAAGGCUGUUUUACGUUAUUCUGAUCAGUUGAAGAAGGGUGCGAGAUGGAGCGAAGCGGAGGAACAUAUGCUUUCUCUCUAUGGCGCAGAUGACGAGCCCCCGCCCGUACAGCCGUCCACAGUUAUUUCCUUCUGUGGUCAGACUUCUGUUUUGGAAGCAUUUUCGACUCGCUAUGAACUCGAGCAGUAUUACCGGAGAUUUCACGCUAUGAGUUCACAGCUGAUUAAUAAGAAGCUGUGGACUAUCAUCGAAGCGAACUUGUGGUUCUAUCGAGGGUUACCUCGUACUCACCGUGUAUACGUCGGGGACAAUAUUGAUCAGAAGUAUAAGGUUAUUACUAACCCGCCUCCGAUUACUGACGUAUUUAAGCUAGUUAAGACGACUUUCGACCCAGAUCAGAUCGACGUUACUUGGAUCGCACCACCAGCCAAUGCCCCUUCAUUCGGAAUAGACGGUAGCUCAGUUCCUCAACCCGUCCAACAGCGCACCGUUCGUUUCGAGGAUCAGCAAACCCAGCCUCAAGUUCAGCAAGCUCCACCAAACGAUGUCGAUAAUCUCGCUGAGCAGCUCAAGAACCUCAAGAUUCAGAUGGCGCAGUUGAUUAGCGGAAGCUCUACGAGACAAGGUAAUAUCUCGAACGAUACCACUAACGCGACUUUGCCUCAGCAGGAUUUUGAGCGGCGGUGUUUCAUGUGCGGACAGAUCGGACAGCACCGCUUAGGACUUCAAUUCUGUCCUGAGACUCAAAAAUUAGUCUCCGAAGGUAUGAUCGUACAAGACCAGAACACUCGAAGGUAUACGCUUCCGAACGGAGUUGAUCUUCCUAUUGCGCCCCGUGGAUUCCUUGGCGGAUUAGCUGCGUAUCUCCGUUCUACUUUUAAGACUCUUACUGGAAUGUUCGCCAAGGCGCCUGCUCAGCCUUUGGCUCGUGACCCACCGCCUCACCAGGCUGCGGCGAUUUCUAGUCUCUCUAAUCCGAUUGUUGGUUCGACGAGUUCGGUUGGAUUGACUCUCAGCGGUAGCGAUGAACCGAUUUUACAGGGAGAUGUUUUUGCCUUGUCUGCUAAUGAUCCGUCACCUCGAGUUUAUUAUUCAGAUGCAGUAGAUUACGACUCGAACCCGGUAACUCGCUCAGGCAAGGACACGGCUGGAAGAGACAACGCCAAUCCGUAUAGACGUCCAGAUCCAGCUAAGUCUUCUGUUAAUAAUCCGGCUCCAGUGCAGAAUACUACGAAUCGUCCCGCCGUUCCAGGUCCUAGCGGUGUUUCAUUUGCUCCUUCUCAGCCUGCUGGUCGUCCUCAAGCCCCACGUCCGAAUAUUCCACCCGCUGCUCCCCCAGUUCCGACGAUCAACACCCAGCCUCCACCCCGUAAGCCGCCUGUUCAGACACAGUCGCAGGAUGCCGACAUGAAAGACGCCGCGAAGAAGGGUCCUCUCUUCCAUUUCACUUCGGAUAUUCAAGAGAAGACGUCUAUCGAGAAGAUUGAACAAGCCAUUUGGGCCCAGUCGAUUACCCUUUCUAUUGGCGAGCUCGUUGGCGCGUCUCCGGCACUGCAGAAACGGUUGACAGCCGCGACUACGACUAGGCGACAAUAUACGAAUGCGCACGGUGAGUACGAGUUAUAUACUCCUAGAGCUGAAGAGAUUCUCUCCGAGCACCAGACCGCAUCCUUAAUCGCACCCGGUGAUCAACUCUACGUGUCGGAUGAACGAGAGCUAAGUUCUUUCCUCGUUACUCAUACCCAUGCUGUUCAGUUACGCCCUUCGAGAUUUUUUGCUAUGACUACAGGACAGUUUUCGGCGACGCUUGCAGGCCGCCCGGUUAAGUUUAUGGUCGACACAGGUUCCGAGUUGAAUUUAAUUCCUGAGUGGUUAGUUAACGAGACAGGUAUCCCAUUGGACUUCGAAGGAUCGAAGUGGGCGUUGAAAGGCGUUCACGGAGGCCCUGUUCGACUACUCGGAUGCGUUAAGGACGUUGAUAUCGUAGUCGGAGGCCACAAUCUAGCUCACCAUUUCUUUGUUCAGGCAACGGGUACUGGAGAUCCGGGUAAGUUCGACGUCAUUCUAGGUCAGCCUUGGAUUCAAUGGUUCGCCACUCGCAUCGACUACGAUCGCUCUGGAGCAAUGUUCAUGACGAUUUGGAAGGAUGGCGACCGUUCUCAGCCUCCGACUCUUUCCAUUACGCUAGCGAAACCUCACCACGAGAAGAAUAUGGACAAGAUAGGUAGUGCAGCAUCCGUUUUACCUGCUGACCAUUCAUAUAGUCCCUCUGGAAGCUACCCUUCGUCGACGACGACGUCUUCUCUGCCUUUGGACCCAAGGAUUGUCGAGGUUUUCGACUCAGCUGAAGACCAGGAUUUUCGCGAACGUGCGGGUCCUUCGCAGCAACCUUAG